AGAGAGCAAUGGAAUGACGUCGAUCAUUUCGUGAGCCAUUGGGGGAAUGUUAUUUCAAAUCGUUUUUGUGAACAAUUUUACCUGUCGAUAAAACAGGGGAUUGUGGGGGGCAUUUGGCUACGAGCAUCGGCUUCAGUGCGACCUGAGUGCGACUUGAUGUGUUGUGCAUGUCUGUGGAGAGCUGUGAAGUUUGAUAGAGUGUAAACAUUUCUUAAUAAUGAAAAUGAAGAAAGAGAAGGUGAAGAGUAAGAAGAAGAUUGUCCCGGAGUCGGAUUCUGAGUAUGGAUCGUCAGAUGAAGAGCUGCAGGAGGCGUUUGCCAAGGGUUUGUUGAAGCCUGGGUUGAACUCGAUUAUUGAAGCGGAGAAGAAGGUCAGGAAGAAUAAUGUGGCCCAACUGAAGAAAAAAACCGAAGAAAUGAAGUUGAAGCUGGCUUGGCUGGAGCGUCUGGACAUAGUGAAUCCCCCGGCGCCUCUGGCCCCUGAAUUAGCGCUACAAAUGCAGGACACCGAGGAUCGUCGAAUGCGACUGGCAAAAGGGAACAGGAAGUUGCCUCAAUACAAACCAGGGGAGGACCCAGUCGUCAACGACUUCAAACGAGAAACCAUGUUCCAUCGUCAGGCCCAGGCAGCUGUAGUCGAUGGCAUCUCAAGAAUCAAGAAAUUCGGAAUUCCCACGAUUCGCCCUGACGACUACUUCGCAGAAAUGGUCAAGACUGACGAGCACAUGCACAAGAUUCGGGAGAAUCUGGCGAGGAAGCAACACGCGGCCCAACGAUCUGAGAAGGUCAGACAGUUGCGUCAGCAGAGGAAGGUGGGCAAGCAAAUGCAGAUCGAGGCGACUCUGAAGAAACACGCGGAGAAGAAGAAGAUGUUGGACGAGGUCAAGAAGUAUAGAAAGGGAAUCAGAAAGGAUUUGGAUUUCUUGGAUGAUAAGAAGAAGCCGGGGAGCAGGGGGCAAUCAGAUAAAGUCAAUUCGAGGGGUAAAAAGGGGAUGGAGAGGACGAGGAUGAAGAAUUCCAAGUUUGGGUUUGGGGGGAAGAAGAGGGGGAGCAAGCUGAAUACCAGGGAAAGUGCUGCUGAUGUCUCUGAGUGGAAGAGACCCAGCAAGUUCCCGACUAAAGGGGGAAAGGUCAAGAAGAUGGCUAGAAAGGCUGCGAGGCCUGGGAAAAAUAAGAGAGUCAGCAUGAAGGCGAGAAGAAAUUAAUUCUUAAGGACUCAGGUUUUUUGUAAAAUAAAUUGAUUAAUUCUAAGUGGAAUAGAGUUGAAUUUUCUGCUUUCUGUUUCCAUUUCUUCUGCUAGAUGAAUGAUUGAUGAAUGAGAUGCGACAUCAGGAUUUUUUUAUUCCAUUCUCUUUUCGAUAAUAAUAUGGGGAAAAUGAUGCGUCAAUUAAUGGGACGGGCACUAUUUUUUCGACAAUAAAUAUGUUUUUAAUAGACAUACAUCUCGUACGAGGUUACACGAUAUUAAUACAUGGUCAUUUAACUGUCCAGCAAUCAAA